AUGGCGGAUCGUGGAGACGAUCUUUUUUUGUUUGGCGAUGAUUUUGAGGCGAUUUUAGACAUCCUUGAUGAAGAUGAGGUGCUACAGGAACAAUUUUCAACUGCUGCCAGUGAAGUAAGUGCAAAAUAUGUAAAAAUUUACACGUGCUUGGUCUAUUCGAAGGGAUUUACGGAGCCACACGCGACUGUACUGUCACGCGAGCAAACAACAGUAAACAAAGAAUUUCCCGACGUUUUCAGAUGAUAAUUCCCAAGCUAUAUUCUAGAAAAUUUAUAAAACUAUAUUUAGUUUAUUUGGCAGAAGUGCCUUAGAUGCUAAAAAUUGCCUGGGGUUUGCUUUGUUGAGAAGCGUUUACAGAGAAUGCGAUUGCAACCUGACAACAAACUCGACACGACACAAAUGCCUUCGAAAGACGGCAAGAAUCUUAACAUUUGAUCAUAUUUAGUAGAGGCAGACAGUAAUAUGAUAGAACUAUUUUUUUCGUAGGUCCAAUCAAGCGAGAUCGUGUGCAGCGACUGUGGGAAAAAGUAUAAAACGAGAGGAGGAUAUCAAAGGCACCGAGCUGCAAAACACAGUCCAAAUCCGAACGAGCAUCGUUUGACUUUGACUCCAAGCAUUCUAGCUGAGAUUGUACGCAAUGCUUUAAAGAACAUUUAUCAAAGGGAAGUGUUUGCAGAAGAACUAAGGGAGGAGUUAAAACAGUAUGAGUAUGCAGUGCUUGAAGAAGGAACACAAGAAUUCUCUGUAAUGAAGGCAUUAUUUGAAGGCUAUUCAAAAAAUGGGAAUGCUGAGAAAUUCUAUGGCAACUAUUAUGCUCAAGUACCAUUGAAGUCUCCAACGUUUUUCAAAGGACUGUCUCGCAAUGCUGCAACACUGCUCGCAACCAAGGUAGCUGAUUUUAUUCUCUAA